UCCCCUCCCCGCCACACACCGCGCCCUCCUCGACGGCCACCAGUCCACCGUCUUCUUCCGGCCGGGAUUCUUUAGCCAAGAGACCAUGGCAUCCAUUGCAGCAGCGACCGCUCCGGCCUCGUUGGGAGUGUCGGAGAUUCUCGGCACACCACUGAACUCCAAGGCCGCAGCCCGCACGGCUCCGGCGCCAUCGAGCGCUGGGUCUUCUAAGAUUGUUUCGCUCUUCUCCAAGAAGAAGGCCGCCGCUCCCCCUCCGAGGACAAAGCCUGCUUCCAUCUCUCCGGCCAACGAGGAGCUCGCCAAGUGGUAUGGUCCUGACAGAAGAAUCUUCUUGCCGGAAGGCUUGUUGGAUCGCUCAGAGGUUCCAGAGUACCUCACCGGAGAAGUACCCGGAGAUUAUGGCUAUGAUCCUUUUGGGCUGAGCAAGAACCCAGAAAAUUUCAGCAAAUACCAAGCUUAUGAGCUCAUUCAUGCAAGGUGGGCCAUGCUCGGUUCCGCAGGCUUCAUUAUCCCUGAGGCUUGCAACAAAUUUGGUGCUAAUUGUGGCCCCGAGGCUGUUUGGUUCAAGACUGGUGCUCUUCUCCUAGAUGGAAACACAUUAAAUUACUUUGGAAAGAACAUUCCAAUCAACCUUGUUUUUGCUGUCAUUGCUGAGGUUGUCCUUGUCGGAGGUGCUGAAUAUUACCGAAUCACCAAUGAACUGAAUUUCGAGGACAAGCUCCAUCCAGGAGGUCCAUUUGAUCCUUUGGGGUUGGCAAGUGAUCCUGACCAAGCAGCAUUGCUUAAAGUAAAGGAGAUCAAGAACGGGCGGCUGGCUAUGUUCGCAAUGCUCGGCUUCUUCCUCCAGGCCUACGUGACUGGUGAAGGUCCUGUGGAGAAUCUCACCAAACACCUGAGUGAUCCAUUUGGAAACAAUUUGCUUACCGUGAUCGCCGGGUCAGCUGAAAGAGCUCCAACCCUUUAACUUUUUCCUUGCCUCCUUGCCACCUUCGAAUUCAAUGCUAUCUAAGUUUGUGAGAUCAUUCAGGCCUCUGUAAAAUGUCUGUGUACUAUGCCUGUUUUCAUGAGACUUUUGCAAGCAAUUGAGAUUGAUAUCUCAUUCUGGAUGACCAA